AUCUGAGACAGUUUGUAGUUACUGCAGAGCGGCCGCGGCGCACAUCCACCAGAAGCUCCAUCUCGCGUUAUCCCAUUAUCAUCGACAUUUCCCCCAAAUGCAAGCGGUUCUCGCAGUUAUGGCGGCUCAAUCCGUUAUCUCUGCAUCCCCUUCUCACUAUAUUGCAUUAUUCCCAUUCUCAAAUCCGUCCAACAACAGUAAAUGUUCGUAUUACUGGGCUCGCCGAAGGGCUUCAUGGAUUUCAUCUUCAUGAGUAUGGAGACACAACAAAUGGAUGCAUUUCUACAGGAGCACAUUUCAAUCCAAACAAAUUAACACAUGGUGCUCCUGAGGACGAAAUCCGUCAUGCGGGUGACCUGGGAAACAUAAUUGCCAAUGCUGAUGGAGUAGCAGAGGCAACCAUUGUAGAUAACCAGAUUCCUCUCAGUGGCCCCAAUUCUGUAGUUGGAAGAGCCUUUGUGGUACACGAGCUUGAGGAUGAUCUUGGGAAGGGAGGCCACGAACUCAGUUUGACCACUGGAAACGCUGGUGGAAGAUUGGCUUGUGGUGUCGUCGGGCUGACUCCUGUGUAAUUGCAACGAGCAACUUUGUAGCCUAUGAAGUCGUACGAGCUAUAUGAGCACGGUUGGCUGCUUGUCAUCRCCCGCUUCUCCACAGCCUUGAUUUUCUUUUCUUUUGUCUGAGGAUAUAAACUGUAGUAUCGGAAACUGGAAAGGCAGAUUCAAUUGUGUUCUCAGUAAUAUCUGUUCCUGUUCUUCCCAACUAGCUAGCUGAAUAAAAUUGACUUGCUGCUUGAGCUAUGUGGGCUUGACAUAGAUUUCUUCAGUUAACUUCACAGAUUUGUGAGAUGUUACAUA